AUGUCGACGGGCUUCUCUUUCGGAGCCGGCACUCUGGCGACGGCGGCCGCGGCCGCGGCUGGGACCGGAGGAGGGGGCGGCGGCGGCGGCGGAGGGGGCUUCUCGUUUGGAGCCGCCGCUCCGAGUUCAACAGGAGUGCUUAAUUUUGGGGCCCUGGGCUCAACACCUGCCACUACAACAACAGCUUCUUCUGUGGGCUUUGGAACUGGACUUUUUAGCACAAAACCUGCCACUGGUUUUACACUGGGAGGAACAAAUACAGGAACAGCAACAACCAUUGCAACUGGAUUGACACUUGGCACACCUGCUACUACUUCUGCCUCUACUGCAGGCUUUAGUUUAGGAUUUAACAAACCCGCAGGAUCAGCCACACCAUUUGCUUUGCCUAUCACUUCUACCUCUUCUGGCCUUUCACUUUCAUCUGCUCUUACAUCAACUCCUGCAGCAGGGACCUCUGGUUUUACAUUAAACUUGGGAGGCACAGCUGCUCCAACCACAACUACAGGCCUUUCUCUAGGAGGAGCCUUAGCUGGAUUAGGAGGGACGCUCUUUCCAAAUGCAAGCACAGCAGCAACAGGUCUUGGACAGAAUGUUUUGGGUUUGACUCUGGGGGCAGCUACAGCACCAGCCACUACCAUUAAUGAAGGUCUUGGUGGCAUAGACUUCAGCAGUUCUUCAGAUAAAAAGAGUGACAAAACAGGAAUUAGGCCAGAGGAUAGUAAAGCUCUUAAAGAUGAAAAUCUACCUCCAGUAAUCUGCCAAGAUGUAGAAAAUCUCCAGAAGUUUGUAAAAGAACAAAAACAGGUUCAAGAGGAAAUUAGCCGAAUGUCUUCCAAAGCAAUGCUUAAAGUGCAGGAGGAUAUUAAAGCUUUGAAGCAGCUCUUGUCUGUGGCCGCCAGUGGAUUACAGAGGAACACUCUGAAUAUUGACAAACUGAAAGUGGAAACUGCUCAGGAACUUAAAAAUGCUGAAAUAGCGCUAAGAACACAGAAAACACCUCCUGGUCUUCAACAUGAAAACUCAGCUCCAGCCGAUUACUUCAGGAUCUUGGUCGAACAGUUUGAAGUGCAGCUGCAACAGUACAGACAACAGAUUGAAGAACUGGAAAAUCAUCUUGCUACUCAGGCAAAUAAUUCACAUAUAACUCCACAAGAUUUAUCUAUGGCAAUGCAAAAAAUUUAUCAAACGUUUGUAGCUCUAGCUGCACAGCUUCAGUCAGUACACGAAAAUGUGAAGAUGCUCAAAGACCAGUAUCUCGGUUAUAGAAAAACCUUUCUGGGCGAUUCUGUGGAUGUAUUUGAGGCGAGGCGAGCAGAAGCCAAGAAGUGGCAGACUGCCCCGCGCAUUACAACUGGACCGACUCCUUUCAGCAACCUACCAAAUGCAGCAGCCGUUGCCAUGGCUGCAACGCUUACACAGCAGCAGCAGCCUGCUACAGGGCCACAGCCGUCUCUGGGAGUUAGUUUUGGAACACCAUUCGGUGCAGGUAUUGGCACUGGCUUGCAAUCAAGUGGCUUAGGCUCUUCAAGCCUUGGAGGGUUUGGAAGUAGCUCUGGUUUUGGAAGCACUGCUACAGGUGCAUCAACGUUUGGAUUUGGAACGACAAAUAAGCCUUCGGGAAGCCUUAGUGCAGGCUUUGGCAGUUCAAGCACAUCUGGGUUUAACUUCAGCAACCCUGGCAUCACAGCAUCAGCUGGCCUGACAUUUGGGGUGUCCAAUCCGGCCUCUGCAAGCUUUGGCACAGGAGGACAGCUUCUUCAGCUGAAGAAACCCCCAGCUGGAAACAAGAGGGGGAAAAGAUGAAGUGUUGU